CAUGACCACAAGCGAACCUGCGAUGAAGGUUUUGAUCUACGGCACUGGUAGCAUUGGAGCGGCAUGUGUCUAUCUUCUGUCAAAAAGUGUACCUUGCGAAAACAUUGUCGCAAUUUGCCGGUCCAACUACGCGGUCGCCAAGCAAAAUGGGUUCACCAUUAAUUCUACUACCUGGGGAAAUGGCCUGGUUGUCAGACCAACCGUUGUCCGCUCUGUUGAAGAGGCACUGCACCACAAGGGAAACGGUUUUGACUACAUCCUUGUAACAACCAAGGCUACGGCCCUGGCCUUGGGGGAGGUGCAUCCGAUAUAUCCUGCAGUCUCACCACACACUACAAUUGCCCUGAUGCAGAAUGGCAUUGGCAUUGAGAAGCCCUUCCACAAAGCUUUCCCAGAGAAUCCGAUUAUUAGCGCUGUGCUCUAUCCAGCUCUUGCUCAAACUGCCCCAGCAGUCUUCUCUCACCAACUACUCGAUAGAAUAGUACUGGGGACCUUUCCAGCAGAGGCAUCAGCUUCGCACAAACACACUGCGACGAAAUUAAGCCAGAUGCUGGCCGAGGGAGGAGCUGCAGCAGAGCACCACGACGACGUUCAAAUUGAGAGAUGGAAGAAGGUUCUCAUCAACGCAUCUGAGAAUCCCAUCUGCGCACUCUCCCGCCUCCCCGACACUCAAUUUUUCCUGAGCGCCGAAGGAGCGAUAGAUUUCAUGAAAGACGUGAUGAUGGAGAUUGCUGCUACUGCUAGAGCCGCUGGAUACCUAGAUAUCACGGAUGACGUGGUGGAUUCCCAGUUACGACUUCUCACGUCCCGACCAUUGCCUGGGGUAGCACCAAGUAUGAUGCAGGAUGCUAUUGCAGGUCGACAAAUGGAGAAUGAUGCUAUUAUUGGCAAUGUGGUCGAAAUUGCUAGAGCAAACGGCGUUUCUACACCAAUGCUAUGCACACUAUAUUAUCUCGUUCACGGGCUCAACGUGAGCUUCAAAGGUGGAGUGGGUGAAGUGGCCAGAUGAAUCAGUUUUCACAACCAAUGCAAGAAGGAUUAUCUGUUUACCAAACACUUUUAAUAAUAUGUUUGGAAUGUAUUAGUGGGUCAGAUAUGCCCUAGAAGUUCAUCAAGCUGCCAUAUCACGAG